AUGUUGAGUGAAUUUUUCAACAGGUCGUCAUCAACAUCGGAAACAGAGAAAGAGUCAUCAUCCACCACCAAAUAUCCCUACACCACAAGCAUCGUGGCCGAUGGCAGAAGAAAAUUUCAUACCACCUACAAGGAUGGUGAAGAAAUGGUGGAAGAGUUUGACCUUAAUACAAAUCAAUUACUUGUACGGAAACGAAGAAGACCCACCGUACUAGGAGGUGAGGGUGAAUGGCAAUUUGAAAUUGGAGGAGAUGUGAGAGUAUUCAAUCCUUUCAAUGAUUUGAUUGCACCCUCCACUACGAAUCCAAUAUUCAUGAGAAAAGACUCCCCAACGCACUUCCAAUGGAGAGUCAGGAAUUGCUUUUUCACUAAGGACAUUUAUCAGGUGCAUAUUGACCAUGAAAAACAAGAGAUUGUCAUUAGCACAACCAACAAAAAGUACUACAAGAGGUUCAACAUUCCAGAACUCACCAGAGAAUACACACCCUCCAUAAAACUCGAGGAUAAAUGUUUGAGUUGGACGUUGGACAACCAUACUCUCAUUAUUUCCUAUCAAAAACCCGACGUUGUGAUCAAGAAGGAAAGAGCUAAAGAAGUCGAGUUGCUGGCCAUGAAGAGUGAAAAACCACCGAGGGAAGGUGAUGUUCAAUGCCCACAACAAUAA